AUGUCCAUCUCAAAUCCUCAGAACCAUCAAUUUCCGCAAGAGGGCACUUUGUCUUUGGCCGUGAACCUCGAUGGAUCCCAACCCGCUGCAGACACACCAGCAGAGCCUGUCAAACGGCGCCCAGGUCGUCCAAAGGGCAGCACAAAGAAGAACCUCCUCGGAACUCCAAUAUCACCGACUGCAAAGGUCAAACGACCCGUAGGACGACCGAGGAAAGAUGGAAUGCCUGCUGGCUCGGUGGGCCCGACGCGCUUGAAGCGAGAACGACAGGCGGGACAGCCCCAGCAGCCCUUCUUCAUGCCACCGCAGGGCGUCGAGAACGGCUUCCCAUACCCACCCACAGUCGGGAUGUACCCAGCUCCAGUGCCCUUUCAAGUCCCACCACCGCCAAUAAUCCAGAUCGACCCCAGCCUGAGCGGCGACGAGUGGGCAACGAUGUCGAGGAACGACCCGAACGGAUUCCUAUCUGUCCUCCUCGGGGCCCUGGCUGCUCCAAACCCAGUCUCAACAGCAGGACCGAGCGUCGAAGACGCCUUCAAGAAUCACCUGCAAUCACUCGCCCCAAGCCCUACGCAGGUGCAGCAAAUCCCCACGCUCUACUCGAUCCUCAAGACGUUCUGGCUGCCCUCGUCCCCAGCCUACUUUUCGCUGACCGCCUCAGCCUCGACAGCGCGUAUACCCUCCGAACACCGCUUCCUCUACUGGGACCCCCUCCCGCUCGUCUUCAAUGGCAUCGGCUGCCCCGUCUGCGGCCACCCCCUCACCCAUAAAGGACGAAUCACAACGGGUCCCAUCAAAAUCUACGACAUUGAAAAACCCUUCUUCAUCAUUGGCUGCGAAUACGCCUGCAAAAGCGUGCAAUGCCUCACAUCCUCCUCGCCCGACGGCCGCAAGUUUGCGAGCACAGACUCGUCCAUCCUCCGCUCGUUACCGGUCAAACUGAAGGACGAGUUCCCCGCGCGGCUGCUGUGCGACGACUCGGUGGCGGGGUGUGGGCCGAAUGUUUGGAAUUGGAGGGCGCUUGGGGUGUCGCGGUCGUUGUGGAGUAUGGUGGUUGGGGGGUUGAGGAUGGGGUUGAAGAGGGAGGUGAUUUUGCAUUUGGUGCAUUCGAUACAGCAUGGGGUGCCGGAGGUGGAGCUGCAGAAGCAGGAGGGGCAGGGCGAGGAGGGGCAGGGUAUGCCGGGGCAUUCGAUGCAGGAGGGGCAGGGGUCGCAGCAGUCGGAUAGCCAGGGCCAUGGGAUGGACCAGCCGGAACAGCCUCCACCGGGCUUCUCGGACCAGUAUGGUGAAGCGUGGAAGGAGAAUAGUGUCUCGAUUCAAGACCCUCAGCAGCAGCAGCAGCAGCAGGUGAAAUCACCGCCGCCACCAGUAGCAGGGUCGUCUUCACAGCCGAGUGUAUCGGUGACCGCGCCCCCGCCUCCACCACAGCCCAACCCAGUCGCUUCGCCUCCCAAUCAAGUGCAAGCGCCACCACCUCCGCCACCGCCAGCGUUCUCGUACCAACCUUACCCAUUCACGCCGUACGGGUACAUGGCUCCCCCGAUGGUCAAUGGCCAAGUCGUCCAUCUCACACCAGGCGGUCAAACGCGUACUUGUACCAUCCCAACAACACGAUUCCUCCACUCCCACUCUCUCCACUGGGUCGACCUCUGCUUCCGCGCCUCCACCCUCUUCAUCAGGGAUCGUAUCCACCGGUCCACCCACUACAACAACGACGACGACGACGACAGCGACGAAGAGGAGUCCGAGGCAUUGUUGUAA